CAACUGGUUCCGAACGUUGAGAAUCGAGGGAAGCCGGGUGACAGCUCCAAGUUGCGAACUCUGCAAAAAGGUUUCUUUUCAGUUAGAUGAAUGGAAGGAGAACAAUCUUCAGAGUUUUACUCCACAAACGACCUGGAUUGUUUCUCUAUUUCUCUACCUCACCCACCUUCGAUUCACUUCACCCCCAACCUCACUAUGACCUCACUAUCUGCAUUUCCUCCCUCCAGGCUUGUGCUCACCAUAGCAACCUAUCCAAAGGUAAGGAAAUCCAUUCCUACAUUCUCAAGAAUGGGUUCCUUGAUUCCCCGCUCUCCGUCACCAGCCUCAUCAACAUGUACUCUAAGUGCAGCCUCAUGAACUACGCCCUGACGGUCUUUAGUUACCCUUCCCUGGAUGAUAAGAAUGUUUAUGCGUACAAUGCAAUCAUUUCUGGUUUUAUUUCUAAUGGGUUUGCCCGCGAUGCGUUUGAGGUUUAUAAGCAAAUGCGGUGUGUGGGCGUUGUGCCAGAUAAAUUUACGUUUCCAUGCGCCAUUAGAUCAUGUGGUGAUGCUAUGGAUUCUUUUGAGGUUAAGAAGAUUCAUGGCUUGUUGUUUAAACUUGGGCUGGAAUUGGACGUAUUUGUUGGCAGUGCUUUAGUUAAUACUUAUUUGAAAUUUGGGUUGAUGGAGGAAGCACAGGAGGUGUUUGAUGAAUUGACUGUUAGAGACGUGGUGCUCUGGAACUCAAUGGUCAAUGGGUAUGCGCAGAUUGCGCGGUUUGAUGAGGCUCUAGAGAUGUUUAUGUUGAUGGGCUUAAACGGGGUAGUUCCAAGUAGAUACACGGUUACUGGUGUCUUAUCUAUCUUUGCCAUGACAGGAGACUUAGAAAAUGGUAGAGCUGUUCAUGGAUUUGUUAUUAAAAUGGGCUAUGAUUCGGUUGUUUCUGUUGCUAAUGCACUAAUUGACAUGUAUGGAAAGUGCGGAUGCUUAAUUGAUGCCUUGAACAUUUUUGAGGCAAUGGAUGAGAAGGAUAUCUUUUCAUGGAAUUCGAUGUUAUCAAUUCAUGAACACUGUGGCGAUCAUUAUGGAACUUUGAGGGUUUUCAGCAUGAUGCUCGGUGAAUUGGUUAAACCUGAUUUAAUUACGAUUACAAAUGUGCUGCCUGCUUGCACUCACCUUGCAGCAUUAGCGCAUGGUAGGGAGAUACAUGGCCAUAUGAUUGUUAACGGUUUUGGGAAAGACGAUAGUAUAGUGAGCAAUGCUGUGAUGGAUAUGUAUGCAAAAUGUGGUGAUAUGAGAUAUGCUCACUCGGUUUUUGAUAAUAUGAGGGUGAAGGAUAUGGCAUCUUGGAACAUCAUGAUCAUGGGUUACGGAAUGCAUGGUUGUGGCAAUGAAGCAUUAGAAUUUUUUUCUCGUUUGUGUCAAACUCAACUGGCACCUGAUGAAAUCACUUUUGUUGGUUUGCUGUCUGCAUGCAGUCAUGCUGGCAUGGUGAAGAAGGGGCAGGAAUUUUUGGCAGAAAUGGAAUCAAAAUAUGGUGUUUCUCCUACCAUUGAGCACUACACUUGUGUGAUUGACAUGCUUGGUCGAGCAGGCCAACUCCAGGAAGCUUAUGAUUUAGUGCUAACAAUGCCCAUUGAGGCUAAUCCUAUAGGAUGGAGGGCUUUGCUAGCGGCAUGCCAUCUCCACAAGAAUACAGACCUGGCUAAGAUUGCCGCAAGGAAAGUGAUUGAACUUGAGCCAGGGCACUCUGGAAAUUAUGUAUUGAUGUCAAAUGUCUAUGGAGUUGCUGGUCGAUAUGAGGAAGUAUCAGAGGUGAGACAUACAAUGAGGCAAGAGAAUGUGAGGAAGACACCUGGGUGUAGCUGGAUUGAGCUCACAGAUGGUGUGCAUUUUUUUGUAACAGGUGAUAGGAACCAUCCCGAAACUGACUUUAUCCGUGAUGGCCUAAAUUCAUUGACUGUGCUUCUCCGGGAGCAUGGAUAUGUGCCUUCGAUCUAGCAUUUAACAUGUGAUUAAAAUCUGUCACGACAACUCUCUUUUGUGGGGAACACGGAAAGUGUUAAGAAGUGGUUGUGGCUUGUUCACUACAGCACAGCACCCGUGUAUAUCUGUCGAAGAAGAUGAUGUGUUAGUUGCUGCACCUAAACAGAGGAUUAAUUAUACAAGGUAUUGACGAGAUUGAUACCUUCCUACUGAAUAAAUUUCCUCAGCAACGUCAUCAUUCGAGAAGCUCAGCCAAUAGCCAGCUGCAUGAUUCUCCUCUGUUCCAGGGCAGGCAAGGACCCAAUAAGAAUAGUUAUUAGCUAAGGAACAUAUUACUGGUGAAAAGGAGAAAGAGAAGAAUGAGAAAAUGUUGAACUUGACUGAAAGGAGGAGACAUAUUGAAAUUAACCACGACCACUGUUCCACUCGUCUUGGACAGGGGAUUUCUAUAUGAUCCUGUCGGCCCAACAGAGUGAAGAGAACGGAGCAUAAGGCUGGAACAGGAUGAUUUGCAAUAUUACUCAUUUAUGAAUAGCGUUGCUUGCUAUAAAUUUAUAUUUUUAUUUAUAUUGAUGAUUUUGUUGUCCUAAGGUUGGUAAUUUAGUUGAAUUCAAGCAUUUCUUGGUUAUUUGUCUUUAAACCUGGAUAUUUUGAAAUUAAAAAUGCUUUUAGUGAGAGAGACAAAAGCAUGAUUAAAAAUAGGAGAAAUAAACCUUUACACACUUAUAUUAUUGUGUCCCUAGUUUUCUCAUUUCAUAAAUGCUGGAACGGACCAUCAAGAGCAGACAGGCCAACAGCUGGUUCAAUUGCAGAAGGCUAACUUCAAAACAUACAAAUUCACGUGGUCCAACUCCGCUGGCCUGUUUCAUAAUAAAUAUAGGUUCAACUUGACGUCCAUCUCAAGGUUUGCGGUCAUCGAUAGUAUAUAGCUGGCGGAGGUGGCCCAGUGACACUAUUGGAUUUGCAAUCAUCCAGGUGCUGUUGAUGGACACAUGAAACAAAGCCCCAAGCUGUUAACACCAUAGAGAUUGCCUUUAUAUGAACAGCAGGCAAACCCAGAACACUUAUGGCAUUGGAGAACAGAGAAACCUCAAAGAUCAGCCCCACAGAGUCGAUAGCAAACAGCGACCAUAAUAUGGCUGUCCAGGUCAGAUUCAACGCACAGGAAGUCUCUUCCAUCUCAUACUCUUCCAUUUCUCUAUUCAGCUCCUCCUAUUCUCCGCUAGCAAAAAGUCCAACUAAUGUUGCGGAGGUUGCUACAAUGGAUUGACAUACUAUCAUAUCCAUGAUUGCUCUGAAAGUUUCCCUUUUUAUAACCUUCUUGAACGCUAGUUGUAUGAGGGAAAGAACCAGCCGAAGCAAGUGCGCACAAGAAUCCAGUCACGUAUUUUCCUUUGGAGAUUUGUGUGGAAGAAUCUGAAGCUGCAGAUUCUGUUUGGAACACAAGGAGGAUGGAGGAGACGGUGAGGAGGACUAGAGAGUUUAUGAUGCAAGGUGUGAAGUGAAGAGAACUGAGGAAGAAGGAGAAGAAAGCAUUGAAAGCUAACAGGGAUGAGGAAAUGAGAGACAGAGUAGAAACAAGAAGGUACAAGAGCCCAAGCUAAUACGUGUAGCAAUUUGAUGCUCCAAGAAGACCAAUAGGGACAUUAAACGAAUGCUAGCUUUUGAACAGAAGGUUGCUUCUCAGUAUUCUGAACGUCAAUAAUUUCUGUUGCGGUUUUUAAAGAGGGAUCAUGAGAUGAUGUAAUAAGGAAGAAGAACGGGGAAGCCCACUAGCUGUACUAAUGACCCCAUCCAUUUGCUCUUUCCACCUUUUUCAUAGUGCAAUCUUCCCAAGAGUGUUGCAGCUGACUGGCUUGACAGGAUAAAUACAGUGCAUAAGGUUACUCGGAGCCAACGAUUGUAUCAUCGUCUUUCUCGGCCAGUGAUUGUUGAUUGGUUUGGGAAAGCAGUUGUUUCAUCCUCCAAUGGUUCUGUUUCUUUGUGCCCGUGAGCUGCAAGGGAAACUUUACAAGACAUUAAUACAGCUAUAGGUGGCUUAAGAAAUACAGCAGGCGACAUAGAAAGAGAUAGUUAAACUCUCAGAUUCUGCUUCCUACUUUCUUUGCGGGGAAGAAAUAGUUAGGUGACUGAACUACAUAGACAUGUCAGAAACAUGACGCUUCCAAAGCUUUGUUUUUUAGUCUGCUUGGCACUUCUUACAGGUUUAGAUCCAAGUAGCGUGAGAACAGGGUAUGAUUUGUCUGCAAGUAUCAACUUGCUAUCUAAGUACUCAGUUUUUAUCACAGUAGAAGACUUCAUAUAUGAGUAAAUUCAUAAGUAGGAUA